AUGUCUUUCGGCUCAUACAUUGUCUCCGGUGUCAGCUCAUUCGUGGUCGUCACAGUCUCACUCUUUGCCAUCGGGCAGAAAGUGCCUCGCGCCGCCUUCGUCGCUCGGUGUCUCGCUUCCUAUGGCUCCCUCCUUGUGGUGGCAGCAUACGGCGUAAUCGCCUCGGCCUGCCUGCGAUUAGUGGGUUACGGACGCAUUUCACAAUGGGCAGUGGGACGUGGCUUCAAGUGGGUGAUGCGCUUCACCACCGGUGUCAAGUUCGAGAUUGUUGAGGGUCAAGAACACCUCACCACCCGCCCGGCUGUCUUCAUUGGCAACCACCAGACCGAGCUCGAUGUACUUAUGCUUGGCUGCGUCUUCCCUCCAUACUGCAGUGUAACUGCCAAGAAGUCUCUGCGCAACAUCCCUUUCCUGGGCUGGUUCAUGUCUCUUUCUCGCACUGUCUUCAUUGACCGUGCCAACCGGGAGACUGCCCUGAAGGCUUUCGAUGGUGCUGCUGCCGAGAUGCGCGACCACCGUCAAAGUGUCUUCAUUUUUGCGGAGGGAACUCGAAGCUAUUCUGACGAGCCUACACUCCUUCCUUUCAAGAAGGGUGCUUUCCAUCUGGCUGUCAAGGCCGGUGUGCCAGUCGUGCCAAUCGUGACGGAGAACUACUCCCACAUUCUGUCGCCCCGUUCCUGGCGGUUUAACGCCGGCACCAUCAAGAUCAAAGUUCUGCCUCCCAUCCAAACCAAAGAUUUGUCCUCGGGUGAUGUAGACAACCUAACGCAGUCCACACGUGCCUCGAUGUUAGCGACCCUUGCUUCCAUGUCUCAGGCGCAAAAAAGCGAAGUUGAUGCCGCCCGCGCCACCGGCGUCUCCAGCGCCGUUGAUAUCUAA